AUGGUUGCUCUCCACUUUGCCAAAAUCCUAUUUACUGCCUUGGCGGCGCCGUUCAGGCUUCUCUUCAGGGCGCUCAAGUCCCUGUUCAACGCCCUCAAAUCUUUUUUCAGCAAACUCGGCUCUCUCUUUCGUCUACAGAAAGAUGCCUUCCGUGCUAUUCGAAAAGGCCCCGUACAUCCCAAGCCACUCUUCGAGUCAUCUCGUGAAUCUGCGUUCCUCUGUUGCCUUGUCCACUUGAUUCCUGGCUUGGCCACCAUUACCCUCAUCGCUCUUAAUUUUCUGCGCUUCUUUAUCGGUCGCGAACUUGAGGGUCCAGGUGACCAGGAUGGGAUUAAGCUCGGAGUCUUACAGGUAGCAGCCAAGGUACAUGAACUAUUUAUCGUUGCUAGCCUAGGGGUGGUUAUUUUUCAUGUUGUACGGCACGAACUGGUUUCUGGCGCUGGACUUCCUCUGGGACUCAUGGGAGCUGGAUUUUCUUUUAGCAACCCAAGCUUCUUUGCUACAUGGGACUUCUGGGCCGGAAUUUCUUACUGUCAUCCUUCCUGGCUCCGGAAGGCUCGUUUCAUUACUUUGGUCGUCGUUUCAGGACUGAUAGCCCCUAUUGUCGGCCCAGCGAGUGCGGUUCUGAUGAUCCCUCGAGAAUUAGAUUGGAAAGCCGGAGGAGCUCGCCUGUGGUUUGAUGGCACCAAAGACCAGAUCUGGCCAUCCAAGCUCAUCUCGAUCCUACCAACAACUAUUGACUACACUACCUUUGAUUACUGUCUAGCUCAAGGCCGGGAAGUUAUUCAUGAAAACUUGGUGGAAUGGUCACGCAAUGCUCGCUAUGCCGUCCCAUCGUUCGAUACGCCAACGUUCGAUACGCCAACGUUCGAUACGCCAACGUUCGAUACGUCAACGUUCGAUACGCCAGGAUGGCCUUCCCGAAAGAUAUAUGCCCGAACUCGACAGCGCGAUCAGAAUCAGAACAGUCUCGAAGAGGAUACUUGGGUUUUCACUUCUCACAACGCCUUGAGCAUUCAACAGCAAGAUAUCUUUCUCGUCUGGACCAGUGCGUUGCACUAUCUUGCGCUGACAGAAUCCUGGUGGAAAUUCCCUGGCUGCAAGAGGUUAAGCAAAGCUGCUGUGAAAACCGCGACAGUUGAAACCGAGCUUCCAUCUGUUCGCGUGAAAUGCUCCCCCAUGUCAGAUAUCGACCCAUCUGGUACAGUCUCUCUGAAGUUUCCAGUUCUGCCCGAGUACAGCGAGACUGGUAAUUCGCCCCACCGCUCUCAGGUACUCAAUGUCACGGAUACUAUUCAAAGGAAACUGAAAGCAAAUCCCGGGCCAGAUAGUUCUCGAGUUCUGACAACAGGCCUCCAACUUCCUCCACUUUCCGGACAGUCGGCAUCUUUCGGCAUUAUUCUCAUCAACCUGAAAGCUCCAGAGCGACAGAACGGUGUUCUCCCAGCUCAGGCCUGCUCUAUUGACGGCCGGUGGGCCAAGGGCAAGUCUUUUAUUAAAGAGACAACAACAAAUCUUCAAGCGGUUCCCAUAUACUACCCUCGAAGUGCAACAGUCGAAGGUGUCCUUGGAGUAGACUUUAUUGGCUCUACUACGUUUUCUCCGCCCAAAGAUGGGACCUGGCGACGCGCGAACAUCACGACAUCUUGGUUCAAUCAAUUAUACCCAACAGAGUCUGAUGGACGCCAGGCCGACGGCGAUGGAGACUCGUCCUUAAACCAGACAGCAAUAGAAAAGAUCAUCAGUCCCAUCUUCCCCCAUGCCGGCUUAGACCAAAGACUGGAAGAUACUCUGUGGGAGGCUGAAUUUGCCCUUGGCCUAUUUUUCGUUGAAGGAAUGUCUCGCGCCUUCUGCGGUGUAAAUCCCAAUUCUCACCGAAUAGAGGUUGGUGGGAUACUACCGCUCCAUGGUAGGAUUGAACCCAUCACCAUGGAAAGCUUGUCGGGCAUGGGGUCAAAGACCAAGGAGCUGGUUAGGUCUGGGGAUCCUUUGGAUCCUUUCCAUCCACCAAACAUUACUGGGCAGAGCGAAGUCAGGAUGGUCGUUUCAUUAAAUGGAUAUGCAAUGGCUGCAGUUGGUUGGUUUCACUUCUUUUGCAUAGCCGCCCUUUUGAUCCAUGUAAUUAUAGCCCUGGUGCAUGUCGCUGUCUUGCUCUGGUUCGGGAAAGACUCGAGCUCUUGGGAGAGCAUACCAGAGCUGGUGGCACUGACACUGAACUCGGAACCACCCAAGCAUGUCGGCGAGCUAGGGCUUGAAAACACUUCUGCUGGCAUCGAGACCUUUGGCCCUCGCCAGAAGAUGGGUUGGGUUGAGUCAAUCGAUGAUAACGCGGCCACGACAGGAGCUCAAGCGAACCCAGUUAUCCAAGAGGAGCAACUUCAGUUGAGAUUCGGCAACUCUGCUCCAAUGACACAAGGAAGGCCUUUAGGAGUAUCAAGAGUAAACACAGGUCAACUCUAUCGAUAA